GCCGGUGGAGCCUAAGUAGGGUGGGAGCGCGAAGAUGGCAGCUGCUGAGGAAGAGCCAAAGCCCAAAAAACUGAAGGUGGAGGCGCCGCGAGCGCUGAGGAUGAUGCCAGGUAACAUGUCUUUAGCCAAGGAAAUAGAUUCUGAGAAGUUAAGAGUCCCUAAAUAUGAAAAUAUUCUCUUCGGAAUGGGAAAUCCUCUUCUUGAUAUUUCUGCUGUAGUGGACAAAAAUUUCCUUGAUAAGUAUUCUCUGAAGCCAAAUGACCAAAUUUUGGCUGAAGACAAGCACAAGGAACUGUUUGAUGAACUUGUAAAAAAAUUCAAAGUCGAGUAUCAUGCUGGCGGCUCUACCCAAAAUUCAAUUAAAGUGGCUCAGUGGAUGAUUCAACAGCCACACAAAGCAGCUACAUUUUUUGGAUGCAUUGGGAUAGAUAAAUUUGGGGAGAUUCUGAAGAGAAAAGCUGCCGAAGCCCAUGUGGAUGCUCAUUACUAUGAGCAGAAUGAGCAGCCAACAGGCACUUGUGCUGCAUGCAUCACUGGUGACAACAGGUCCCUUAUAGCUAAUCUUGCUGCUGCCAAUUGUUAUAAAAAGGAAAAACAUCUUGACCUGGAGAAAAACUGGAUGUUGGUAGAAAAAGCAAGAGUUUGUUAUAUAGCCGGCUUUUUUCUUACCGUAUCACCGGAGUCAGUAUUAAAAGUGGCUCAACAUGCUUCUGAAAACAACAGGAUUUUCACUUUAAAUCUGUCUGCACCAUUCAUUAGCCAGUUCUAUAAGGAAUCAUUGAUGAAAGUUAUGCCGUAUGUUGACAUCCUUUUCGGAAAUGAGACGGAAGCUGCCACUUUUGCUAGAGAGCAAGGCUUUGAGACUAAGGACAUUAAAGAGAUAGCCAAGAAGACACAAGCUCUGCCAAAGGUGAACUCAAAGAGGCAGCGAAUUGUGAUCUUCACCCAAGGGAGAGAGGACACUAUCAUGGCUACAGAAGGUGAAGUCACUGCUUUUGCUGUCUUGGAUCAAGACCAGAAAGAAAUCAUUGACACCAACGGAGCUGGAGAUGCAUUUGUUGGAGGUUUUCUGUCUCAGCUGGUCUCUGAUAAGCCUCUGACUGAAUGCAUCCGUGCUGGCCACUAUGCAGCAAGCGUCAUAAUCAGGCGGACUGGCUGCACCUUUCCUGAGAAGCCAGAUUUUCACUAAUGGAAGAGCAAAAAGCCUAAGCCCCCCCGGAGUACGACACUGCCCUCAUUGCUUCCUGAGAAUUCCCACAUUAAUAAAGGAGAAAAUUAUCUGCCAUAUUUCCUACUAUAAUAAUGUUCACUCUUAAUUUAGAGGGUACAGUAAUGCUCAUAGAAUCUUUAGUCUCUCAGUAACCUACAAAAUGAUGUUAAUUCCCAUAGAUGCUAGUGCCUCCUAAAUGUCAAUUAGACAGGAAUAUAACAUUUCAAUACAAAUUUUCAUUUCAUUUUCAAUUACUUUGUAAAUUCAUGUAUGGUAUUUAGUAAAUUGAUCUUUUUUUUACAUUUCUGCUUUGAAUGCAGAUGCAAUUUAAUAUGAUAGAUUUUUUAAGGGAAUUAAUCCUCACACAUCAGUCUUUAGCUUUUUAUAUAAAUAUAUUUAAUUUAGGAGUAUGUGUGAAUACACACAGGUACAUACAUACAUAAAUGUACCUCAAAUAAAUAUAUGAUAAAUGUUCAAAUAAGGUACAGAAAUACUUCUAUUGCCAAGAUAUUCCAAAUAAUCUCUUCAAUGUAUACUCAAAUAUGUAAUAAACUUUGGAUAAUUAAAUAAUCUGCCAAAUUUUAAAUUAUAAUAUUCAAAUCCUAAUCUUAUUGUACUCUGUAAUUUGAUACAAAUAAAAACUUGUCAUAGAGGAA